AUGCACGAGUUAGCCCGACAACAGAUGGCGGACCGAGUCAGACAAGGAUCACCGAAGUUUACACUAGGACAGAAGGUCUGGCUAGACUCGAGGAACCUGAAGGUCAAUUACGCCUCGCGCAAGAUAGCACCAAAGCGUGAGGGGCCAUUCGAAAUUGUCGAAGUCAUCGGACCAGCCAACUAUCGUCUCAAACUCCCGAAGACCUGGUGA